UCACAGUCAUGUGACAGAUGUUUUUGUUCGCUUCCUGCCUUCAGUGUUAUCGCCUCAUCACGUGGAUGUCAAAACCCCUGACUGGCUUUUUAAGGUUGAAAUAAGGUUAAUUUAUCUCUACCUUGGGAUUCCCCCCCCAGGACUGCUGUUGAGGACGGGAUGUCGGACGGGGAACGGUCGCCUCUUCUGUCUGAUCAACACGACGGGACCAACGGCUUCUCUACCGGUCAGAUUGUUCAUGGAUAUCAGAGAAAAACACAGACGGAGUUCCCCAACUCGGUGGCACCAGAUGAGCCCCCCCCCCCGUACUCCCCGCAGGGCAGCCCGGACAGCGGCAGCUCUCCGGUGAUCAGCUGCCGGGUGUGUCAGAGCGCCAUCUCCGUGGAGGGCAAGACGCACCAGCACGUGGUGAAGUGCAGCAUCUGCAACGAAGCCACGCCUAUAAAGAACGCUCCGGUUGGGAAGAAGUACGUCCGCUGUCCCUGUAACUGUCUCCUGAUCUGCAAAGUCACGUCUCAGAGGAUCGCCUGUCCGAGGCCGUACUGUAAACGUGUCAUCAACCUGGGACCGGUUCGCAUCGAGAGGGAGAGUCCGGAGCCUCGGAACCAGCCCGUCGGCAUCAGGAUCAUCUGUGGACACUGCUCCAACACUUUCCUGUGGACGGAGUUUUCAGACCGGACUUUGGCCCGAUGUCCACACUGCAGAAAAGUCUCUUCUAUUGGUCGGCAUUACCCCAGGAGGAGGAGCCUGUUGUGCUUCCUGCUCUUCAUCGUCCUCGCCGCCUCCACUGCAGGACUCGUGGUGUGUGUGUGUUUGCUGGAACAUGGCGUCCCGCUCAGGACUCAAAAGGGAUCUACGUCUCCUGGGUUUUUCUGAUCCUCCUCGCUCUCCUCACCAUGUUCAGAACCGUCUACUGGAGGUGUCUGAAGAUCAGCGACCCCAUAUCCAACUUCACGUAGAGAGGGGGAGGAAAGGAAGGAAGGUGAGAUGGCUAGUGAUGGAAGAGAGGAAAGGAAUAAAGCAUAGAUGAGACAAGGAGAGAGGAGAAGAUGCAUUCAACAUGAAAAAUCAAACUUCAAACUCAAGGGGAUUUAACACAAAGAAAUGUUCAUAAGAUAAGUAAGACAUGCAGAUGUUUGACCCCAUAACUAACUGGGGGCGGUUGUUUGCGAAGAGGAUGAAGAGAAAAUAGUUAAAUGAAAGAAAGAAAAUGUUUAAAUUAUUUCGGUUUUGACCCGGUUGUUUCAAUUAGACUAAUGUUCACGACAAUGUUAUUUAAACAUGAUGUGCCCCAAAUUAUAAUGAGAUAAUAGAGAGAUAGGAUUUGUGUGGAUAGGUCUCAGUGAAGGAGGGGUUUUAGUUUAUGUUAAGUUCUAUAAUCAUUACCAAAUAUUUAUGCUAAUCAAUGAGAAGGAAGAAACAAGAUGGACUUAUUUUUGUAAUGAAAUGAAGUCCAAUCUUUUGACUCAACGCUUGUUUUUGAGUCAUUUCUCUUUUCUUGUUAUCUCUGUACUAGAAACGAACAAAAACACGUGAAAAUUCCUUCAGAAAUACAUUUAUAUUCGCAUUUAAAUUCAAAUUGGAGCUGAUUUUCUUCGGGAUCAGAAAAUGAAAUGCAGGGGAUAAUUUAAACCACGUGUUUUUGGGGCAUUGUUUGUUCGGUAACGCGCAUUAUAUUAUGUCGGAUAUACAAUGAAUUCAUGUUGGGACAUUUAUAAGGCAUUCAUUCAGGAUUAAGUGGCAUUAUUUUCAUUAAUCAUCUCACAUAUUCAUUUUGGGGCAUUUAACUCUUUAUUUCUUUGCUUGAAAAUGAUUCACAUCGGAGAUACCUGCAGCUGAUCUUCUAAACGUCACUGGAAACGAGUCAAAUAUAAGAUCUAAUAUCCCUCUAAAUGCUUUUGAACGAUUAACCACACACAGGGAAGGAUCUAUUUACUCGUCUCUCUGUGCGUCUCCUCUGUAAAAGUGUAAAUAAAUAUAUAUUCAGGUGUUGAUUAUUAUGGUCUGCACAGAAUGAUCCAGCUGUUGCGCCCCCUUGUGGCUGAGUGGUGUAAGUACCUGCUGACUGUGAAACCUGUUGCACUACAUCGUUCUGAUAAAUACUACUGUAUGCUUUUGUCCAUAUUGUUCCGGUGGAUGGAUUUUUGUAUAUUGUGAAACAAAGAAGUAAUACUUUUAACAACGUG